AACUCUUCCAAGGGGGAAUUUAAGGUACCGUGAUGCAUGUACUAUACCGCGUUUUAAAUCUUAGAAAAUGUAUACGACGGUGGCCUUACAGUUUUGAAUUUAAUGUGGAAACAUUUAAGUUUCGAAGUUCAUCGACUAUAUCAAGGACAGGUUUCGAUAAUUAUGAAAAGGCAAGAAUCAGUUGGAAUGUUGAAAUACCUGAAAAUUUUAAUUUUGCUGCGGAUGUUCUUGAUAAUUGGGCUGACAAAGAAAAGACAGGAGAGAGAAGUAACUUAAUACCAGCAUUCUGGUUUGCAUUUGAAGAUGGACGACAACUGAAAUGGAGCUUUCAAGAUUUUCAGCGAGAAACAAUGAGAACUGCUUGCAUGUUGGAGAAACAGUGUGGCUUGAAGAAAAGUGAUAUCGUAAUGGUUAUGUUACCAAAAAUGCCUGAAUUUUGGCUGGUCAAUAUUGCAGCUAUCCGUAUAGGUUUUAUUCUUAGUCCAGGUAGUAUGAUGUUAACAGCUAAAGAUAUAGCUUACAGAUUUUCAGCUCUGAAGCCGUCUUGCAUUAUAGCUCAUGAAACAGUUGUUGAUUUAAUUGAUCAAGUUGCUGUCUGUUGCCCUUCUUUAAAGACAAAGAUAGUCGUUUCAAGCACUACUCGCAGGAACACUGGCUGGCUUGAUUUUCACUCUCUGUAUAAGAAUGCAAAUGCAAAUCAUAAGUGCGCAGAAACGAAAAGUAAUGAAAGUAUGAUGGUAUUCUUCAGUAGUGGGACGACUGGAUUACCGAAAAUGAUCGAACACUCCCAUAGAAGCUAUGGAAUAGCUCUGGCAGCAACAGGAAGAUACUGGCUAGAUCUAACGAGAGAAAACAUUCUUUGGAACAUGAGUGACACCGGAUGGGCAAAAACAGCUUAUAGUAACAUUUUUGCGCCGUGGUCUUGUGGUGCUUGUGUCUUUGUACAUCAGAUGAGUCGGUAUUCUCCAGACACGGCGUUGAAAAUUUUGUCACAGUUCCCUAUCGACACUUUAUGCGCUCCUCCUCUGGCGUACAGGACAAUGGUGCAGGAAAAUAUAACUUCACAUCAUUUUCCCAAAUUAACGCAUUGCGUUAGUGCAGGUGAAGCACUGAAUCCUGAAAUCAUCCGACUGUGGGAACGAGCCACUAAUUUGAAGAUAUACGAGGGUUAUGGGCAAACAGAAACAAUUUUAUUAAUUGGGAUGUUUAAAUGCUUGGAUUAUAAACCAGGAUCAAUAGGCAAACCAGUACCCGGCAUAGAUGUUGUGGUAAGAAAUAAUAUUCUUUCUUUUUUAACUCAAUAAUACACUCAGACAAAAAAAAAAAAAAAAAAAAAAAAAAAA